AUGCCAAAAUCCUCUACUUCUCCACCAGGUCCGCACGAGUUGCGAGCAUGCUCCGGGACGCCGCCAUGCUCGUACUGUUCCCGAGCCAACAAACCAUGCAUCUUCGGCCGUCCAUCGCUGCGAACGCCACUGACGCGCAAAAACAUGGAUCAAAUAGAACGUCGCUGCGCCAGUUUAACGGCGCUUUUGCAUCGGCUGAACCCGGAUGUUGAUAUUGAGGACGCACUGAAGACGAUGACUAUUCCGCCAGGUGGUCUGCAGGCCUCAGCUUUUGGCGGAGUGAGCCCCGCUUCGGUAGAUGAGUUUGAAUGGAGCGAAGCUUCGCUAGGGUCUCCUACUGAGCUUCGAAGAGUGGGUCUGGAUGGCAUGGCAUCUUUGCCCACAGGGAGCGCGGAAGCUGGCUAUCUCGGUAACAGCGCAGGGUCUAGUAUCUUGAGAAACGUCCCAGGCUUGAUCCCCGAGAGUUCUAAUUUAGAGACCAAUCAGCGGACACAACCCUCACUUGAUGACUCUAUUAGGGGUCCGGACCUUCUGCGUUCAGCACAUCUGGGUACCUCCGCCAUUCUUGAUGGUCUAGUAAACGCAUACUUCACGUAUUAUAAUACAUCCUACCCGAUUUUGCAUGAGAGUACAUUUCGACAACAAUAUCAAGAGCGCCAUCAACUUCAAGAUCGGUCAAGUUGGCAUUCAAUAUUCUACAUUGUCCUGGCAAUCGGGAAUUGGAUUCUCGGUGGCACGUCCGGCUCUCGAGAAUGUCAAUAUUAUUCCGCCGCACGAUCGCGCAUGUCAAUGCAUAUGUUGGAGUCUGGAACUCUCCUCACGGUUCAAGCGUUUCUCCUAGUUGGAAACUAUCUCCAGAAGCGAGAUCGACCAAAUACUGGAUACAACUUCAUCGGAAUAGCGUACCGCAUGGCUCUUGGAUUGGGACUUCAUCGUGAGCCGCCCGCCGCAACGAAGACUGAUUCACUGUUCCAUGAGCGAAGAAGGGUCGUCUGGUGGAUCGUGUAUUGCUUCGAUAGUGGGUUCGGCAUUACUACUGGGAGACCCGUCAUGGCCUCAGAUGGUUUUAUUGAGACCUGUUUGCCCCGUAACAUAGACGAUUCGGCAUGCACGUUAAGCUCGAUACUCCCGACACCAUCAGACGGACCUACAACAUAUUCUGCCAUAAUCGCACAGGCGCGACUAGCCUCCAUUGGAAACAACAUCUAUAGCAAUGUCAUUUCCGCCCCGAAAGAGAACAUCCUCGACUUGAGGAUCUCUCGGUCACUCGAUCAUCGAUUGAAGGCCUGGAGGCUUUCCUUGCCCGUGUAUUUCACAGCACAAGACGUGCCAGAUUGGUUUCGAGGCCCGCGUGCAGUAGUCGGGUGGAAGGAACAAAAUCUGAGAAUGAUGCUAUGGUGGGGGAGCCAGCGUCUUUGCAGCUUAUUAUCAGAUGUCGAAGAAGCACGGAACAUGUGUCAUUACGUUGCGAUUGAGACCAUCCAAGACAUUACAACGUUCUGCUUGGAUUACCGCGACAACAUCCAUGUUGGUCUGAGCUGGUACGCCACAUACUUUCUAUUCCAGGCCACCAUUGUCCUUAGCAUCCAUUACUUGAGACCGGACCAGCCCCUGGAUAUGAGCCCAGAUUCCGUGAAUCAGGAGCUGUGGGCGCUCUCUAUAUCAAAGGCGCGCGACUGCCUGGCCCAGCUGAGCCAGAAUAACGAAGCUGCAACGCGAUGUCUGGCUGUUCUGGAAAGAAUCAGAGACCAAUCGGAGCGAUCGCAACAGUCUUCCAUGACUCCUUCGGGUACGAGGCCGAAUGCAAAUGUUCACGCUGACCACUCCCAGCUACAGCCUGUUCUGGCAACGGAGGACCCAAAUCCGACAUUAUUUGCCAUCGAUCCGGCGCUGCAAAUCCUCUUCCAGGAUACAGCGUGGAAUGAUGAUAUUUUCGAAGGCCUUCACGGGUUCCCGAUCACAGAUGAAGUGGAAACGUUUGACUACAUGCCCCCAAAUGCUUGA